AUGACGAAAGCAGGCAUCCUCUCGUCGAAAAAGGUCCUUGUCUCAGGCGGAACUGGCUUCGUGGGCUCGGCCACCGUGCGUGCCCUUGCAGAGAAAUAUUCCGACUGCGCCAUCACAGUUCUCGAUCGCAGUCCGCCCCGCCCGGAACAUGCCCUCCCUGACAAAAUCGCAUAUCUUCAAGUCGAUAUCACAUCUGCAGAUGAAGUCAGCAAGGCCCUGCAAGCCGUGCAACCGGAUGUUGUCGUGCAUACCGCGGGCAUUGUCCCAGCCCUGGCGGACCGGUUCGGCAGAGGGCGGGAACGCGAAGUAUGGAAGAUUAAUGUCGAGGGGACGCGCAAUGUGCUCAACGCCGCUAAGAAGGCCGGUGUGACAGGAUUUGUCUAUACAAGCACUACUAACUGUGACCAGGCCGCCGCAGAAGCGCUUGUUCUCCUAGCGUCAAGCAGCACGAUGGUAACCUGUUCCCUUCGGCCCUCCGUACUCUGCGGACCAGGCGAUUACCAGCUCAUACCAUCCAUCCACGCCUGCAUCGCCAAGUACGAGACACCGUUUGUUAUAGGUGACGGCCUGAACCUCUGGGACGUGACGUACGUGACGAAUAUAGCAGACGCACACGUCCUCGCCGUGGAGAAUCUAAUGACCACGCGCACCGCCGCCGGAGAGGCAUUCUUCAUUCAAAAUAACGAGCCCAUCACCUUCAGGGAUUUCUGUCUGGCGAUCUGGACGCAUUUCGGACACAUACCGCCCUUUGAGGUUCGCAUCCCUGAGGGUCUGGCUUUUUUGGCUGGUCUGGCAUGUGAGAGUGCCACCUGGGUGACGGGGGGCACGACGACGUUGAGCCGUGGGAGUGUUAGAGAUGCGUGUGCUGUGCGUUAUGCGAGCGGGGAUAAAGCGAAGGAGAUAUUGGGGUAUGAGGCGCGCAUUGGCAUUGAAGAGGGGAUUCGUUUGAGUUGUGAGGUAAGUCGCAUUCAAGAUCUAGAUUGUCUGCAAACUUACUUGAGCUAUCCAGGAAUAUGCCCGUCGUCUGGGGAUAGAGCUUCCUACUAG